CAAUGACUCCCUCGACUCCCCAACGCGCGAACCGCCCUGCUCAUUCUCAUUCUCAUUCGCUCUCUUAUUCCCAUCUUCGCUCUCCAUCAUCGCCUGCAACACCGUACACGCCCCUGAGCCUGCGUUCUUUUGCGUCCUCGAACCCUUCCCCAGCAUUGACGACCCCAGCCAGCGUCAGAAACUUUCCUGCUGGCUUAAAGCACCUCCCUUUCUCCUCUCCUCAGGUCGCAAAAUCUUAUUCUUCAUCUCCCAACGUAUCCAGGGAUCAGAGCCUCGCUGAUCUCGCUCGGAACUGGCGAUCUUGCGCUAGUAAAAAUGGCAUCAAGGUAUCGACCUGCGACGCGUCGCAAUUCAUUGAUGACGAUGUCACCGAUAUGUCGUUCUGUGAUGCCCAAGAUUCUGGCUUUGUCACAGCCGAAGAAGCCCUCCUACCCCCGCCCUUUCUGUCCAAUCAGCGGCGUCGCGCUUUGUCGACUUCUCAAGCGCCUGCGUCUCCUGCGAUGAACCGAGGCCAGCGAAUGAUUCCAACCUCUCCCCUUAUUCACAAAAACAAUCCCUCUCUGAAAAGCACCGUGAUGGCAACACCUCCGCCCAAUCGUAAUUUAGCACGCCAGCUCAAACUGAGGGGCAGUCUGACUGAUCCAGCGCAUACGAGGAGGCGCGAGGCUUUCGGCGUCGUCUCCAACACGCCUCAGAAAAUGGCCUCAUCCACGAAUCUAGACCUUUCAUUGGAUUUGUUUGAUAUCGACGAAAAUGACGUUGAGCACGAUUAUGAUUAUGACUAUCAACUCGAAAUCGAAACCUCACGAAUCCAUGAACACUUCUUGCCACGCCACGACGAUAUACAACAGCAAUACCAGCAGGAUUACGCCACAUAUCUCCCCCCUAAUAAUGCGCCACCUCCUGCCCCAAUGAUGCCUGUAUACGGCCAACCAAACUUUUCUGAUCCUUUCAAUGCCGCUGGCGGUGUCGGGACUGGCACUGGGCUGAACAACAGUAUCGCACAAAGCGUGGAACAGCACUUCCAGCAAUAUCGCAAUCAAUAUCCGUAUGCACGUCGGUUACCGCCCUAUCAGGAGCAUUCCCUUCCCACUAUUGGAGUCUCUCGCACCAUCGCUAAUCCGGAACCUGGCCACGUUUCUAUGCCUCUGCCUGUCGCCCAAUCGAGUUCGUCUAUCCAAGGAUCCUACCAAAUGCCUGUGAAGACCCCCGUUCCUGAACCACAGAGCAAUCCCGUAUCGUGUUCAGUUUGCUCGCGUCAUAACCCACCUCGUUUGGCUAUCCUUGUGCCCUGUAACCAUCCAUUAUGUUCGGCUUGUUUAACUAGCGCGCUCAACAUUGUAGGGGAAAAGGAUAUGGAAUGCGCUGUCUGCAAAAACGGCGUAGAGGACUUCAAGCUGAUCAGCGGGUCUGGUCCUGCGGAGAAAAAGUCAAAAGUUGAUCGUCGGUCCUUCAGCUCAGUUGAGAGCAACCAUGAUCAGAGGUCGGGCAGCGAUGACGAAUUCGUUGGUAGAGGCAAAAGCUUCAUGGACCCCCUAUUCUCUUCUCCUGGCAGCGCAGUAAGCGCCAGCUUUACGGGAGGCCUGGAAAGUGCAUUCGAAUUUGGAGGUCAAGCGUUUUUCCGAAACGAUGACGUUAGGGCGAGCACUCCUCCGCCUGCGACCCGACGACGCUCUCGUGAUCAUGGUGAAAGCCCCAGACAACAAAAUAUGUUGAAAGACCACGUUGUUUUGCGCAUUGACAAUGUUCCCUGGGAUAUUACGCCACCGAGCAUUUCGGCUUGGUUACAGCAACCAGUUGAGCGCAGCCAUGUCCUAUUAGAUCGCAAAGGCAAGACCAUGAGUCAUGCUUUUGUCGAAGUUCAAUGUGAAGAGAUUGCUGCCGCUAUUCUUCGUGGCGAGACAUCAUCGUCUUCCAGGGUAAGAGGAGAUAUGAGCUCUAGGGUCGGAGCUGGUAGAGGUCGAGGAAGUGUCCUUGGCAAGGGACGAAGGGCCAGAGGCGUCACUGUUACCCGAAGUUCCCAGGAGGAAUUGAUGGCUGCUUUGUUCCCAUCGUGGCGCGGUGCAUUCGAUGGUUCUCAUCCAUCACUUGCGGGAUUGAAUAAUGACCGUGUCAUCAGUGCCUUGGAAUAUGGGCUUAUGACGGACGCUGAAGUCUCUGCCCUCUUGUACCUCAUUCGGUCCCCAGAUGCACACUUCCUAAAAGUGCCCUCCUUGCCCUUCCACUCGCUUAUUAGCGUCCUCAGUAAAUUCCCUGCCGAUGUCGACAGCCGCGUCUUCUGGUCAGUAGGACUGAGGGACAUGUUAUAUGAUGUCACCUAUUCUGCCGUACAAGUCUUAUUAAGCCGCAUCGUACAAGAGAAGGAAGACCUUCAAGAUAAAGAUGCCCCUAUAGAGUCGAGUGCCGUCUUGCUGGAACAAGUCGUUAAAACUGCCACGUCUUGUCAAGCCUUCACAUCGCAACAGAUAAGCAAAAUAUCUGAAGCGCUUGAAGUUCAGGUGUCCUCAACGUCUGAAUGCAACUCCUUGUCCUCGUAUAACUCAGACGCUGAUAUCGAAGACGAAGACGGCGAAGCCGAAAGCGGUUACCGUACCCCAAGUAGCAUCACUAUUGCUUCACCCUCUGCCGCGAAUUCUAACGAUGAGCGCCCUGCAUCACUGCCAAGUGAAGAUGGACAGCUCGUUGCAGUCCAAAGUGAUGGUCAGAUCGACGACCUUGCUCGAGAGUUUGGUGUUGAAGCCAAUUUGGUGCAAGCACUUGCGGAGAGACUCUCUAGCUCCAGUUUGCGUUGAUUAUGACCUUUCCAUCCUUCAUCAUGCAUCCCUCUCAGCUGUUUGACAAGAACCUCCCACGAUCCGACGUUAACGUUCUUUCUUCCCGUUCAGUUAAUUCUUUAUGAAUACUCGUAAUUCUUAACCUCCUGGAACCUGCCGCUGUCCACUGCUACCUGCCUUGCUUUCCAACCCUGUUAUCCGCUUUCCUUGUUUACGAUUACCCUGCAUUGUUGACACGCUCUGUUCUUGUUAUGUAGCCCAUACAUCCUCCCUUAUGUUCAAUUCAAUUCAAAAUUGUGGAAUAGUACUUAUCGUUUUAUAUGUUAUCCACCCGAGAGAAGCAAUAAUUCUACAUCCCGUUCAGCUGUGGCUAAUGAGAAUUCCCCGAAGUCUGUCUUCCG